AAUUGUACAUGAGACUGCAAUAGAAAUAAUUAAUACAAUUAGUUUUCUUCCAACUAGAUAAAACAUUGUCAUAUUUGGGGGCAUUGACGGUUUUUCCAGAACAAUAAUGUACUUGGAUGCAGCUAACAACAACAAGGCAUCAACUGCCUUUUCCUUCUUUUUACAAUCCAUUGAGAAGAAUGGUGUGCCUUCAAGGGUUAGGGGUGAUCAAGGAGUCGAGAACCUCAACAUUGCACGCUUCAUGUUCACUGUAAGGGGAACAGACAGAGCAAGUUUCAUUUCUGGCAAAAGCGUACAUAACCAAAGAAUCGAACGGCUCUGGCAUGAUGUGUGGACAGCAGUGACUUCCACAUAUUACGAUACCCUCAAUGGUCUUGAAGAAGGUGGCUUGCUGGACAUCUCAAACACAAUACACAUUUUCCUUGCCCACUUUGUGUUUCUUCCCUGUCUCCGCAAAGACUUGCAGACAUUUGCUGAGGGCUGGAACCAUCACCCACUCCGCACCGAGGGAAAUAUGACCCCACAUCAGUUGUGGGAGGUGGGACUUAUGCAGAAUAGCAUCAGUGAGAUUGAAAAUUUAGAGGAUGUAGAGAACUGUGACAUAGACUGGGAAAGUGCCAUUUUCCAUGAGGAACCAUUAACCGUAUUUGGAGUUGUGGUUCCAGAACUCCUCCCCCCUCUAAAUGAACAAGAAAUGAGAAGCCUCCAAGCUGCUGUUGACCCUACAGUGACAUCACACUCGAACGGUAGAGACAUCUAUAUUCAGUGCUUUGAUAUUUUUCACUGACAAAUUGUGAAUACGCUUAAUCUAUUGUCCUUUGCUUGUUCAGAUCUACUUGAGAUGAAAACAUGUAUUUUCCAAUUACACUUUAUUGAACAUCAGAAAAAAUAUUCAAAUGUGAAAAUGUGAAGAUACAGUGAACUUAUCGUAAGAUUCAAUAUCACUCUCUUUUAGGGUGUCACCCUAAACUAAAACUGUAGUGAUUGUCACAAAGAAGUAUGUGGUGCUGAACAGUGUUGGUGGAAUGCUUACCAUAUGACAGCUUAAACUCUUUAUACUAACAUUUAUCAACUUGAAACUGUAAUGUCAUACAAGCAAUAAAUUCCUGGCAAAGAAAUUGUGUCCAUCGUUUCUAAACUUAAUAAAUUUCCAUGUUAAAUUGAAAAGCUUGUGCAGCUAAACCUUCAGAAAUUCCUGGCCAAGAAAGAAACCCUCCAUCAACACAGUUUUGAAGUCUUCAUAGUUUAACAUGUGUUUAACAGGUAGCAUAAUUGUAUUGCUGCAUGCUGCCACAGUUGGAUAACAUAUCCUAUGCUCAUUAUAUUCUGCUUCACAGUUAUGGUUGAAUUGCACUGUGAUUUUGAAAUGUGUCUUCUCUUGAGACUCUUGAUGUUCUUUAAUAAUCAUCAAUCCAUCCAUUCCAUCUUCCAUACUGCUUAUACUAUACAUAGUCAUGGAAGUGCUGAAAACAACCACAUAUCCCAGUACUGAAGACAGGAAAACAUCCUGAACAGGUAGCGAGUAACAACAAACUGGGGUGCAUUUUCCGCAGCCAACAAAUCAACAAAACUUGUGACCGUAAUUGGCUAACAAUGCUUUUGGGAAAUGCAUCGCUGUUCAGUUAAAGCAGGGGUGGUGAACAUUGAUCCUGGAGGGCCAUUGUUCUGCAGAGUUUAGGCCCAACCCUGAAAAAAAAAACUCACCUGCCUGUAACUUUUGUAAUCCCGAAGACCUUGAUUAGCUUCAGAUGUGUUUGAUUAGGGUUGAAGCUAAACUCUGCAGGACAACAGCCCUCUAUAGGGUUAACGUUCCCCACCCCUGAGUUAAAGGGAUAGUUAAAAAAAAAAAGCUGUCAUUUACUCAUCUUUCAAAAUCUGUUUUUACUUUAAAAGAAAAAAGUUUUCUAUAUAACGACAGUGAAGAAGAAUACCUUUUAUGCAAUAUUUUCCUAAAGUAAUUUAAAUGACCACAUAAAGAGGAAGACUUGGAUUGUAGUUUAAUAAGGAAUGUGGUGCAGAAUUGUUAUGAUACUUGCAAGCCCCUUGUCAGAAUUCACUUUCAUUGUAUUGAUAAGAGCAGCAUGAAUCAGCACAUUUUUUUUCUAAGCCAUGCAAGUUUAGAAUGAUGUGAAGGUGAGUAAAUCACUAUUUGUAAUAAGAACUUUUAUUUUAGUGUGAAUUUUACAUUCACUUUUAAGACAAUAUUGGAUUUGUAGUUUUAGUGUUUUUACUUUGCUCCAGUUCCUGAAGAAGGUCUUGCAGAUGGUUCAUCAUGGCAACCUCGACCUGUUCUCUGUAUGAGCCCUUUUCACUGAACUCUGCCUGGCAAAUGGAAAUGACAAAGUCUGCAUCCGCAACCUGUUAAGUAAAAGUUGAAAAACAAUGAAUUUUUUUUUUUUUUUUUUUUUUUAAUUAAAGCAUAGUCUUAUCUAGAGCAGUGGUUCCCAAACCUGUCCUGAAGGACCCCCAGCACUGCACAUUUUGUAUGUUGCCCUUAUCUGACA